AUGUCUAGCAAACGCGUCAAGCAGUCUGCCUCCCAGGAUAUUCCUGCAUCCCUAACAUCGCCCGCACCAGAUAGACUCUCUGGUCUCGAGCAACAAUUAUUCGACAUGAUCUGCAAACACGUCGUCAACGACGAGAAGAACGUAUUCCUGAACCGUGCUAUUUGUGCCCUGCACUGUGUAUCCAAGACACUCCACGACGAGACAUCGGCAUGGGUCUGCAAGUCGGGCAUUAUGAUGACCGAGUUUGGGCUGGACACCCUUCGCCGCAUGGCCAAUGUUCCUCAGGUCGGGCCUCGCAUAGACUGCAUCAAGCUUUUCUUUCCGGCCAACAAGGACUUCUAUCGCCGGACAAAGAUGGAUGAGCUCAACAAGGCGGUAUCCAUUCUUAAUGAAGGUUUUGUCAAAUUCAAAAACCUGCGCAAAAUUGAGCUAAAGGCUAUACCCGUAAAGAUCGAGGAUUGCGAAGAAGAAGAUCCCCGGGUUGACACGACGGAUCAUUUUAAAUGGUCAAUCAGCUCUCUGCUGGAUGUAGUACACACAAGCGGAGCGCAAAUCACUGAGCUGAUCUAUGAUGAGGCAGUUGGUUCUUGGGCAUGGGUUCGAGAUGAGAAUGAGGAUGAGAAGGGUGAAGAGUAUCUGAAGUACCCUCCAGGGGCUCUUUCUAGCACUCAGCUGUCUUGCUUGCAAAAUAUCGAGAAAUUUCGUGUUGUAGACAGCAACGUCCUACUCAAUGGUACGAAUUGGCGUUUCUACACCGAGGAAAUGCUUGAUGAAAUGCCCAAGCUGAAAGAGCUCACUAUUACCACCCCCGAUAAGGAUGAAUGGCUCCAGCAGGAGGGCAUGCGGGGCGUGAUGGAGAGUGGGGUGGGAUACGACAUCGGCUCCAGCAACGGCCAAUUGUUCGAUACGUCGUACAUUGGCUCGGACUAUAGUCGGGUUGCACGGGAUGCUUGGUCUAACCUGUUCCGUACUAUUCUGGACAAGACAUUCCUGAUCAAAGGAAGGUUUGGAGGGUUGAGCCAUUGGUUUUAUGCAAAAGACAGACCUUCUCGCGUAGCCGUGAGGGCGGCCAUGUGCUGGGAGCCCGACAAAAGCUCAGAGCUCGACUCCGGUGACACGAAAUUUGCGGAGGUCGCUAAGGUAAGAGGGGUAAGGAGCGCCUUGCAGGACUGGAAGGAGGAAAUGGUCAUGGUACGCAUCCAGUAG